AGUUCUGGAACUCCGGUGUCCUCAGUCUGCGUACAUUCUAUACUCGGCUGUGUCAGUCUGUACGGUGGAUUUAAAUCGUUUUGUUAGCCGAAAGACUUUUCUUUAAGCAUUUCUUCAAAAGUCUGUUGGACUUGGAACGGCGAGUUAUGCUUCCAUAAGAUCCUCUCAUGUUCCUUUGCUGACCUAUGAUUCAUGAAGCCCCAGAAAAGCAGCUCUAAAGCAUGAUACUGCCACCACCGUGCUGCAUUGUGGGUAUGGAGCUGUUUUGAGGAUUGUUUGAUGAUUUAAAGAGUCAUGGCUUCAUUGAUGAGACAAUGGAGUGAAAAUUUCUCAAAUUCAACUUUAACAAGUUUAACUUCAAGUUCAACCCUUGAAGAUGAAUCGGAAACAAUCUCACAUCUCAUUAGCCUCAGAUAUCUUACAAUUUCUGCUUUUGCCGUGCACCACUGUGCUCAUGUCAUUUUCCUAAGAGCGCAGCUGGCAUCCAGCAGAGAUCCUAUCGGAAUUCUGCUAUUAGCAGCUAAAAGCAAGCGAGUGGGGGCAGUGGCAGAAUCGGUGCUUAAGAUUUUAUCCAAGGUUCCUUCACUGUAUAUAGCUGACAGCGAGAACAUCCCCAAGAACCUCCACCGUUUAGUCAUAGACAAUAUCUAUGAAGAGCUGCUGUCAAUGAUCGGAACUCCGUUUGAACUCAUGAAAGCUUUUAAUGCUGGAUCUAAGAAGGUAGAGCAAGCCUUCGCAUUUGCCUUUCAGAAGACUCUAGAAGAUGAAGAUUUAGAGUCGUGUCUGUUCGAUCAGCCAGACACGACGAGUCCCUGUGAGGAGAGCACAGGUGAUAGGAGAAAUGCGGAGUCUUUUCAGAACAGCACCAGCAUGUCCAUGUUACUGCUGCUGAAACUGCUGGCUAACGGUCCUCCAUACUCCAUUCCUAUUGAGGUGCCGCCUCAGGAGCUCAUGAAUACAGUUCUGACUUUGUGGACCGAGGCUCUGGAUGGAGGGAAAAAGGGCCAAUUUGAGAAACUUUAUAAGAGAAUUUUUAUCGACCUUUGCGGACGACUUAAUAUAGAGCAGCUAUUCCACAUGAGGCUUGCUGAGGAGGACGGUGGGUUUCACGAUGAUGAUAUUCCUAAGACACUGGAGAUUUCCAAUGGCAGUGACAGAAGUUUCACAUGUGUGACGCCCCUGUCUUCUGUAAGCGACUUUCUAGUAUCUAAACAUAGAAAGAAGAAAUCGUGGCUGUCCUGCUUCAGCAUUUUAAGGUUUAUCAGUAAGCAGAAAUUGAAAAAAGGCAACAAUACAGCGAGCGACGUAAAGGAUCAGGAUCACACGGUAAUACCUGAUGCAUCGAAAGCGCCGCUGUUUUUAGGUCCAUCCCUGAGAUGUAAAAGUCCACUGAGUAGAAGUCGUCAAACGUACAUUGUCCAGAAGUGCACGUCUGCACGAUAAAACGUCUCUCUGGAUAACCGAACUUGGAGUUCAUUUAACAUCGACCUCAACAUCCUGUAAAUAAAUGCAUAAAUGAAUA